UACACGAGGUUACCUUUCAUAACGGUUUGACAGCUGGCGACGACUUUCAAAGACAUUCGGCGAAAUCGGAACCAUUUAGUGCAUUAGUUAGUGACCGAUCAGAGAUGUCAAAUUUUAAGAUGUUUUUUCACAGGUUCUUUCAGAGCUCCUGCCGCCAGUCACAGGAGAAAAUGUUUGCGAAGUGGAACACGUUGUCCAGUUUAGCGGGUGGGGCAUGGAAAAGUCAGUGCAUGAAGUUUAUGCAAGACCAAAUGACAAUGUUAAAGGCAGUAGGUUUACAAUGUAACAUGAUUGCUGCUCACAGAGUGAAGCGUACCCUGCAAAUCGUUCAGCUAUAUCGCAAUCUGUAUGGAAAGAAAUCCCCAGCACAAUUUUUAGAGAAGUUGUCAAGUCUUGUGAAAGCAAAUCCUCAGGAAAAGAUGUUGUUUCUGUUAGGAGCUGCAUUCUUUGAUUGGAAAGGAAACCGGGUGUCAGAAACAGAUAUGACAAGAAUUGAAGAAGACUUGAGACCAUUCUUUGACCACAAGAUUGCUGAUACGCCAUUCCAUGACAAGUCAGGAGAUGUAUGGGAGUUGGUCUUCAACAAGGAAAGCUUCAAACUGUGGAGAUGUCCCGUACCUGGUACAUCGCUCUACAAAUAUAGAAUACAUGGCUCAUACAAGGAUAUUCCAGCAACAGCGUUUUUCAAUAUUCAGCUGGACCUGGACUACCGUAAGCAAUGGGACCGUCACAUAGUGCAGCUGGAGAAGGUUGCGGAAGAUCAGGAGACAGGCUCAGAGAUUGUCUACUGGGCUACACAUUUCCCCUUGGGGAUCCUGUAUGAUAGGGACUAUUUGUAUGUUCGGCGAUACAAGGUUGAUCCUGAACAGAACUACAUGAUGUUGAUGGCCAAGUCUGUACAGCACCCGCAGUUUCCCGAGACAAAGCAGUUUGUACGGGUGGCUGAGUACUCGUCCCAGAUGGUCAUCCGGCCACACAGCAAGUUUGAGGAGAAUGGGUUCGACUAUGUGAUGUCCUACUAUGACAACCCUCAUCUAUAUGUUCCAACCUAUAUAAUUAACAAGCUCACUCAGUCAUCUAUGCCCGCGUUCCUUGAGGAGCUCCAUGUUGCGACAAAAAACCUCGUGAAAUCCCAUGUGAAAAUCCAAGAUUUCCAGCAUCAACAGGUGCCUUCCCAACAAUCAACUAGGGAACAAAUCAGAAACACAUGCUAGCAGGAACCAACCAGAAACACAUGCUAGCAGGAACCAACCAGAAACACAUGCUAGCAGGAACCAACCAGGAACACAUGCUAGCAGGAACCAAUCAGAAACACAUGCUAGCAGGAACCAACCAGAAACACAUGCUAGCAGGAACCAAUCAGAAACACAUGCUAGCAGGAACCAACCAGAAACACAUGCUAGCAGGAACCAACCAGGAAUGUUUGCAAAGAAGAACCAAUCAGAAACUCAUGCAAGUAGGAACCAAUCAGAAACAAUUGCUAGCAAGAACCAAUCAGAAACAAUUGCUAGCAGGAACCAACCAGAAGUGUUUGCAAAAAAGAACCAAUCAGAAACAAUGCUAGUAGGAACCAACCAUAAAUGUUUGCAAAAAGGAACCAAUCAGAAACACAUGCUAGCAGGAGCCAAUCAGAAAUGUUUGCAAAAAGGAACCAAUCAGAAACACCAGCUAGCAGGAACCAAUUUAGGAAAAAAUAAGAGCUAGCAGGAACAAGUCAUCAACAAGUGCUUGCCAGAAUGAAUUAGAGCUACAUGUAGCAGGAACCAAUUGAACCUUAGAGGCUCAAUGUUCAAUUGUGAAAUUGACACUGAAAUGCUGAUGUAGACACUGAAGUGAUUAAAUUAAGUGUUUUGUUGGUACAUGAAAGUACCGAAGCAUUUUAACUGUGAACAAUGUGUUGUUUGAUUUUUAAUAGAAAAUGCCAUGUAUGAUGUUGGCAGAGUAUGAAUGUUCAGACACAUUAAUGCUGCACUCUCACAGAUGGACCGUUUCAACAACUUUUUUUUUGUCUUAGAAUGAGACAAUUUUUGUGUUAAUGUCUGAGAACCAGUGAUAUCAGACUGCUUACAAAGGAUCUGAUCGCAGUUUUUCAUAUUUACUCUUGAAAAAAUGAUGUUUUAUGCCAAAUUUUAUUAGACGUUAAAAACGCUUUUAGUCACAAAACACAAUUUGUGAACGUAAAUAUUAUAAAUACAAUCUUAUGAUAUUAUGUCACUGGGUCUCAGAUAUUUACGCAAAGAUUGGUUCAUUCCAAUACAAAAUAUAUUUUUAAAAGAAGUCAAAAUGCUCAGUCUGUGAAAGUGCAGCCUUAAAGGCCAAUCAAAUAUUUGUGCCAAAACUACGGUUAAGCUAAGUUUUAAAAGGGACAGGGUACUCCUGAAGAGGGUGCUAUAUUCAAGUGAGAAAAGGGCAUUUUUUUAUAGGGCUGUGAAAAACUUCAAAAUUGUGACAUUUUCCUAGCCAAAUCACCCACGGUACACAUAGCGCAGUAAUUUAUCGGGAUAUUUGACAAAGCUGCCAGGUUAAAAUCUUGUUACUAAUUUAAUGUACUAAAUUUAGUCGGAUUAGUUCUUAUUUAAGACUUUUAUCAGAAAUUUUGUAAUCACAAAUUUAAGUAUAUACUCAUUUAUUUUAGCUUGAUUGUCACGAAAGCUAUUGGCUGUAGAAUCACUCUCGAGUCUGUUUACUGGGCAGAAACCAGUUCUGUGUCCUUUUUGAGAGGCCAUGAGGAAGUACCCCAAGUGGGGAUCGAGCCCUAACCUCUUGGAUGAGAGGCAGACACCUAUACCACUAGACCACUCUCACCCCUGCGGAAAUAAAUCAUAAAUUUUUAUGGCUCAUAUCAGCCAGCUUUCUGAUUUUCAUAACAUCAAGCAUUACUUUGCAGUAUUAUUAUCUUGUUGUAAAUAAUAGGUUGUUGCACAUAAUCUUACAUCAUGUUCAUAGUAAUGUUUGUGUCGCUAGUCCUUUUCUGCGUGUAUGUACAAAUGCACUGCUUCGGGUGAUUGCUCAGGUUUUUGUAUAAAACACCUUUUUAGCGCGACUAUUCGAAGAAUAAGGAGAGCUAUACUACUCACCCUGGCGUCGGCGCUGGCGUCACACCUUGGUUAAGGUUUUGCAUGUAAGCACCUUUAAGUCAUUAUCUCAGUAAAUACAUCAGUUAUUGCAUUGAAACUUUGGAUAUGUAUUCCCAACUAUCUUACAUACUAAAUUAAUGAAGUUAGAUAACAAUUUUUUUAAUAUAAUGCAAAUAAUAGGCCUUUAUUAUUCGACUUAGAAAUUCUGGUUAAGGUUUUGCGUGUAAGCACACAUAGGUUAAUAUCUCAGCAACUACUUGAGGUAUUGCAUUGAUACUUGAUACAAUGGUACUCAACCAUCCAACCUACUAAAUUAACCAAGUUAGAUAACUCUAGUUUGCAUUUAAUGCAAAUAAUUGCCCUUUAUUAUUCGACUUAGAAAUUCUGGUUUAGGUUUUGCAUGUAAGCACACAUAGGUUAAUAUCUCAGCAACUACUUGAGGUAUUGCAUUGAUACUUGAUACAAUGGUACUCAACCAUCCAACCUAAUAAAUUAAUCAAGUUAGAUAACUCUAGUUUGCAUUUAAUGCAAAUAAUUGCCCUUUAUUAAUCGACUUAGAAAUUCUGGUUAAGGUUUUGCAUGUAACCACAUUUAAGUCAAUAUCUCAGCAAAUAUAUCAUGUAUUGCAUUGAAACAUUAGAUAUGGAUUCCCAGAUAACACUUUUUUGAAUAUUAUGCAAAUUAUGGGCCUAUUAUUUGACUUAGAAAUUCUGGUUAAGGUUUUGCAUGUAAGCACACAUAGGUUAAUAUCUCAGCAUUUACUUGAUGGAUUGCAUUGAGACUUUAUACAAUGGUACUCAACCAUCUACUUAUAUAACCAAGUAAGAUAACUACAGUUUGCAUUAAAUUAAAAUAAUGGCCCCUUUUUCAUUCGACAUAGAAAUUCUGGUUAAGGUUUUGCAUGUAACCACUUUUAAGUCAAUACCUCAGCAAAUACAUCAUGUAUUGCAUUGAAACUUUACACAUAGGCUCCCAUCUAUUUAACCUUCUUAUUUAAUCAAGUAAGAUAACUCUAUCUUUUAUUAUAUAUAAUUUUUGCCCCUUUACUAUGCGACUUAGAAAUUCGGGUUAAGGUCUUGCAUGUUAGCACACAUAGGAUAAUAUCUCAGCAACUAUUUGAUGUAUUGCAUUGAGACUUUAUACAAUGGUAUUCAACCACCCAACUUAAUAUAAUAAUAACCAAGUUAGAUAACUGUAUUUUGCAAAUAAUGGCCCUUGGCCUUUAUUAUUAGACUUAGAAAUUCUCGUUAAUAGUUUGCAUGGAAUCACAUUUAUGUUUACAUCUCAGCACACCAUGUAUUGCAUUGAAAUCUAAUCUAACAGUGAUCCGUGCAUGUUUCGCCAAAACUUUUCAAUCCUUAUAUUGAAAAGUGGCUGAAUAGUCGAGCGUGCUGUCUUUGUGACAGCUCUUGUUUUAUUAUUAAUUGUUUAUGUGAUAUGUUUUUAAAUAAAAUUUAAAGUGGUUUGUAUUCAGGACUGAAUAAAUUUUGUUUUGAGUAAAUGAUAUUUUAUUGUCACAAUUUCUCUUGGAUUGACUUGAUUUUAUGUAUAUGAGAAUAUUGCUUGUCAGUAAAUAUGCCACGGUGUUUGUUUUGUUUUGUAUACAUUCAUGAAAUGACGAUAUAUAUAUUAUAUAUAUAUACAUCAUGAAUGUUUGUUUAUGACUUAUUAUGUUGAAAUAUAUAUGCAAAU